AGACGCUGCUGACUGACCGCGUCCCUCCAGCUUUCCUCUGUCGUUAGCAAAAGAACGCUGCCCGACUUCUUUGCCCCUUCGAGACCUAGGAGUAUGAAAGUCAUCACGUGCGAGAUAGCCUGGCACAACAAGGAGCCGGUGUACAGCCUGGACUUCCAGCAUGGGGCUGCCGGGAGGACGCACAGGCUGGCGUCCACUGGCGUGGACACCGCCGUCAGGAUCUGGAAGGUAGAAAAAGGACCAGAUGGAAAAGCCAUAGUGGAAUUUUUGUCCAACCUUGUUCGACAUACUAAGGCGGUCAAUGUUGUGCGUUUUUCUCCAACUGGGGACAUUUUAGCAUCAGGAGGAGAUGAUGCUGUCAUCCUGCUGUGGAAGGUGAAUGACAACAAGGAACCAGAGCAGAUUGCCUUCCAGGAUGAGGAGGAGGCUCAGAUGAAUAAGGAGAACUGGGCUGUCAUAAAAACCCUGAGGGGCCAUUUAGAAGAUAUAUAUGACAUUUGCUGGGCAACUAAUGGUAAUUUAUUAGCUUCUGCCUCUGUGGAUAACACAGCCAUCAUAUGGGAUGUCAGUAAAGGACAAAAGAUAUCAAUUUUUAAUGAACAUAAAAGUUAUGUACAAGGAGUAACCUGGGAUCCUUUGGGUCAGUAUGUUGCUACUCUGAGCUGCGACAGAGUGCUACGUGUGUACAGCAUGCAGAAGAAACGUGUGGCUUUUAAUGUUUCAAAGAUGCUGUCUGGAAUAGGGGCUGAAGGAGAGGCAAGAAGUUACCGGAUGUUUCAUGAUGACAGCAUGAAAUCAUUCUUUCGUAGACUCAGUUUUACUCCCGAUGGCUCUUUACUCCUCACACCGGCUGGAUGUGUGGAAUCUGGCGAAAAUGUAAUGAAUACAACUUAUGUUUUCUCCAGGAAAAAUCUUAAAAGGCCCAUCGCUCACCUUCCAUGUCCUGGGAAAGCGACGCUUGCUGUCCGCUGCUGCCCAGUCUACUUUGAAUUGAGGCCGGUGGUGGAACUGGGUCCAGAGCUGGUGAGUCUGCCCUACCGCCUGGUGUUUGCUGUGGCUUCCGAGGACUCUGUGCUUCUCUAUGACACCCAGCAGCCUUUCCCUUUUGGUUACGUGUCUAAUAUACAUUACCACACCCUGAGCGACAUUUCAUGGUCCAGUGAUGGGGCCUUCCUGGCCAUUUCUUCCACGGAUGGUUAUUGUUCGUUUGUGACAUUUGAGAAGGAUGAACUUGGAAUUCCUUUGAAAGAGAAGCCACUUUCGAUCGUGAGAACUCCUGAUACAGCAAAGAAAGCUAAGAGUCAGACACACCAAGGGUCUUCGCCAGGACCCAGACCGGUAGAGGGAAUCCCCAGCAGCAGAACUCAGGACCCCAGCAGCCCCUGUACAACCUCCCCCCAGGCCGGACAGUCUCCAGCCCCAACAGUGAUCAAGGACACCCCUCCGACUACUCCUGGUGUCAAAAGCUCCUUGUUAGCACCUUCAGAGGAAAAGAACUUGCAGCCCAGUAGUCAAAAUACGAAAGCCCACCCAUCCCGAAGGGUCACUCUGAACACUUUGCAAGCCUGGAGCAAGACAACACCCCGGAGAAUAAGCUUAAUGCCCUUAAAGAUAGAUACACCACCAAAUUCUGCCCCAACCAGUGUAAUUUCUACCACUUGCACAGAAAAAAUUCAAUCAGAGAUGCCUGAAGACCCUCAGAGCAAUUCACCAGAGCUGAAACGGCCUAAACUUGAUGGAAACAAACAAAGUAGCCAAAGACUGGAGUCUUGAUGGGACCUCAGUUUCCGCUCGGAGGCCUAUAGGCCUGGGAACUCGGUGUGUGCAGGGAGGAGGUGAGGCCGAAGGCGCUGGACCAGCACCAUCCACAGAGUGGAACAGAUGCUUGUGAACUGAUUUCUAUAUCAGGACUUGGACAUAUGUACUGAUUUUUCUCCAGAAAUAUGGAUGCUGUUGCAUAUGGUAUCCACUUUUA